AUGGACCAGGAAACGAACAGGGUCAACAGCCAAGAGGAGGAAGAAGAGGAGCAAGGAUGUGUGGUGGAAGGCAAAACAGAGGAAGAGGCAGAAGAGGACAUAGGACCCGCAAGAUUACCUCAAACCGGUGGCAGAGGACGCCUUUUCACACCUCAACAGGAGGUGGCUAUUUGCACCAUGGUCCGAGCAAACAAUGCUAUGAGACUCAGGGAACAAAGGACCAUUAUAGAAGACAACGAUGUCUUUGAAAACAUCCAUACGGUUAGCAUCUCAACCAUCGACAGGGUGCUGCACAGAAACCAGAUGAGUAUGAAACAGCUGUACCGUGUACCAUUCCAAAGGAAUGAGGACAGAGUUAAGGAGCUACGGUACCAGUAUGUACAGCGUAUAAUGGAGUUGGAAUCAAGUGAACCCUCUCACAACUUUGUAUACGUGGAUGAGGCUGGCUUCAACCUGACCAAAUGCAGAAGGCGGGGUCGGAAUGUCAUCGGUCACAGAGCUACUGUGGAUUUGCCAGGCCAAAGGGGAGAAAAUAUCACCAUGUGUGCUGCUAUUUCGGAGCAUGGCGUCCUAACCUAUAUCCCCCUUAUAGGGCCAUACAACACCCAGCAUCUACUCAACUUUUUAGAGACUCUCUACAGGGCUCUCAUCCCUGAUGAUGAGAGGGGUCUAUUUAGAGAGGAUUUGCCAAAGUAUGUGGUCAUUUGUGAUAAUGUGAGUUUCCAUCGAUCAAACAUCAUAAGGCAAUGGUUUGUGACCCACCCGAGGAUGCUCAUAGAAUUCCUCCCACCUUAUUCACCAUUCCUUAACCCAAUUGAGGAGUUCUUUUCAGCAUGGAGGUGGAAGGUGUACGAUCGUCAGCCACACACACAGAUGACCCUGCUGGCUGCAAUGGAUGCAGCAUGUGAGGACAUCACAGUAGACGCCUGCAGAGGAUGGAUAAGGUAUUCCAAAAGAUUAUUUCCAUGUUGCAUUGGAAGGGAAAAUAUCCGGUGUGAUGUGGAUGAGAAUAUGUGGGCCGACAGACAGGAACGUCUGGAUGUGUAGAGACAGCACUAGAACAGUGCUGCGGGCAAAGUUGUGCCUUAGGGGUGUUUACUGUGUUUCUUUCUAAUUUAGUUUUUAUUUUCCUUUGUGCCACUUGUCUUUUUCUUACUGUAAAUUAUU